GAGAAAGACGAGAGCGGGCGAAAGAGAGAGAGAGAGAGGCAGAAAGAGAAGGCAUUUGGCUCACGGCGCAGUGUAUGCCAUGGCUGCGGAGGGGGUAUGAUGCCAUGCCCGGCGCCACUGAAUCCAGCCUGACUUCGGAGGGUGUGUCCGCCAAGCCAGGGCUCAUCUGAACUGAAGACUUUAAAACCUACAAAGACACAGAGAGCGCAGGAUCGCCGGGCGGCUGCGGGGAGUAUCGGGGAGGCUAGUGGAUCGGCUCUCGGAGAAUGGUCCGCUAGCGGGCUGCAAAGGCGGCGCAAGGGGCGAGGGAAGCGGAGAGCCAGGGAGAAAUGCGUUAACGGGUUGGCGGACUUAGGCGGUUUCCUGUUUUCGGCGACAGCCAGCCCGGCGGAUCCUUGGUGCCGAAGCGGCGGCGAUGCAGACCUUCCUGAGAGGCAAGCGGGUGGGCUACUGGCUCAGCGAGAAGAAGAUGAAGAAGCUCAAUUUCCAGGCCUUCGCCGAUCUGUGCAGGAAAAGAGGCAUUGAAGUGGUCCAGCUCGACCUCAGCCAGCCCCUGGAGGACCAGGGCCCUCUGGACGUCAUCAUCCACAAGCUGACCGACCUCAUCCUGGAGGCCGACCAGAACGACACACAGUCUCUGCUACUGGUGCAGCGUGUGCAGGAUUACAUCGAGGCCCACCCCGAGACCAUUGUGCUGGACCCGCUGCCUGCCAUUCGGACCCUGCUGGACCGCUGCAAAUCCUACCAGCUUAUCCACAAGAUUGAGGCUUGCAUGCAAGAUGACCGGAUUUGCUCCCCCCCCUUCUUGGUCCUCAACAGCGAGUGCGGCCCUGACACCCUGGAGCAGAUAAGGGAGCACAAGCUUACGUUCCCUUUCAUUUGCAAAACGCGAGUGGCACAUGGUACCAACUCCCAUGAGAUGGCCAUCAUCUUCAGUGAGGAGGAUCUGAAAAACGUCACUCCUCCUUGCGUGAUCCAGAGCUUCAUCAACCACAAUGCCAUGCUCUACAAGGUCUUUGUGGUGGGAGAGUCCUACACCGUGGUGGAGAGACCAUCGCUGAGGAACUUCCCUUCAGGGGCUGCUGACAGACAAGCUAUUUUCUUCAACAGCCACAAUGUUUCCAAGCCGGAGUCAUCUUCUGAUCUGACUUCAAGAGAAAAUGUGGAGGGUGUGUCCCUGCCUCCCAAUGAUGAUGUCAUCAGGGAGCUGUCCCGGUCCCUGCGAGAAGCACUGGGUGUGUCCCUCUUCGGCAUUGAUGUCAUCAUAAACAAUCAGACAGGCCAGCAUGCUGUCAUUGACAUCAAUGCCUUUCCAGGUUAUGAGGGCGUGCCAGAGUUCUUCACUGACCUGCUGAACCACAUCAUAAACGUCCUGCAGGCCCAGGCAUCGGAGAGCGCCCCCGCCGGGCCGCAGAAUGGCAGCGCGGCGGGACAGACCCCGGCCGGCGGAGAGCGCGGCUGCGCGAGUCCGUCCGGCUGCUGCGGCAUGCUGGGAAAAGACGGCAGCCCUUGGAUCGUGGAAGCGGACGGGGGCAAGAAAGGCCCCCACCAGAGACUGGGUUGCAACUCUGCUGUCUCUCCCAACUUCCAGCAGCACUGUGUGUCUACAAUAGCCACCAAGGCCUCGUCCCAGUGACCCUCUGCCUCAGUCACUCGCACCCCACCCCCCUCCUAAACACGACAACGUUGAUUAUAAUGAUUAUGAUAAUUUGUCUGUAAUCAAACUCUCCUUUGGUGGUCUUGGUGACAAUGGAAGUGACACCUAUUUGUUUCUCUGUCUGUUUUCUUUCUCCACUGUUAACAUUGCGUACUGUACAGACACUUGGGUGUCACUGAUGCUCCUGGUCUAGCUUUGCUUUGAUUUCCUCCAAAUGCCAUCCCAGCAUUGCCACCAGUGUAGGGCUCAAGACUGGGCGUGGGCUGAAGCUGGGUCCUGGGUCAGUCCGCUGUCUGCUCAGAAUGUCUCCAUCCCGUGUGCAGAAUUCCGCCGUCAGCUGUGUGAGCUUCUGUUCAUUCAUACAUGUGUGUGUUUCUUUUCUUACUAAUUAAUGGAAGGGGUGGGGGAAUUUUUAAACCAAAACAAGAUUUCCAUACCUAUCAUUAAAGAACAGCACCCACAGAAUAUGGUGAAGGAGCCCUCAUUUUUAAACAGCCCCCCUUUUUAUCCUGAGAUGGCUGUUCACAAAAUGUGAUGUGUGACCCCCCCCCCCCCAUUUGUCCCUUUCUCUUGACAUCACUGUGGCAAUGUGCUAGUGUGGCUUGGUUGCUAUGGUGGUGGUUGAGGUUCAGCUGGAGGCGACGACCUUAAACUUUCCCCCAGUACUCAGACGCAGGGCAUUCAGCAGACCUCAUGCAUUCCACAUCUUCCUCAACUUCUUGACAUAGUUUAGUGUUUUUAUUGCUUAAAAAAAUACCUAUUUUUCAAAUGUGAUGUUUAUAGCCAUAGCAAAAAUUUUCUUCCUCAAAAAAGGGCUCCUACUAAUUAUUUUUAUUUAUUUUUUUGAUGUGAACUACCUUAAAAAAUCCUGGAGAUUCACAAAUUUGGACGGUUAAGUGGGAUUUUCACUGUCCUGUCCGGUGUUCUCUGUCAGCAUCUGUUCCCCAGCCCUGGACCCUGCAUGUCUCCAUUCUCCUAGGUUUCCCAGCAAAAUAAUGGCCCCCUAGGGCGUGCCGUGUCAAUCUGUUGAUGUGGUUGUGAUGUCAAACGUGAGAGGUCGUGGAAGUUUUCAACUCUCGUUUUAUCUUCCAGCUGUUCACUGUGAGAUUUACUUUAUUUCCCUCCUGUCCAUUUCCUCAAUAUUCUUAAAAAAACACACAAAUUAUUUUAUUGAGAUUGACUUAUAUUUAUAUAAAUAGGGGUAGAAUUAAUAAGUGAGCAGAAGAAGAACAAACCAUUUUGAAAAGCGGCUCUAGUGGUGAGUGGUUUCCUCCAGUGUGUUUCUAGAGUGCCACUGGGCUUGUGUGGGUGUGGCUUAAUGGCUUAUCCAAUGGAUGAGAGCUGAGGAAGAGAGGCGUGGCACUUUGAUAGUGCUGUUAUUUCCUGCAUGGUUGUCCUCUUCAGUGUGCUCCGAGUGGGAGGUAGUGUCAGCAUUGAUAACUGCUCUAACCUGACCUGUCUGCUUCCACCUGAAUGUUUACUUUGAAAUGUUAUAUAUCUAUAUAUAAUAUAUAUGUAUGUAUACAUUAUAUACACAUAUAUGAAUACAUACAUGCCUAAAUGGUGUUUUUGUAACAGUUCAAAAGGAAAAAGAAAUUUUUGUGACUUUUUUUAAUUAAAUGAACCAUCUGGGUAAAAAAUUGAAAUAAAUACAAAAAUAUGAUGUUA